GAGCCGGGAUGCAGCCGGCUCUGGAUCUCCUCUCCUCCGGAGCUACUCUCCUCUUCGGGCAGUGCAACGGUGCUGGGUCUCGGUGAAUCCAGACAGUUCGGGAAAAGAAUGUUAACCACCGGUCCCUAGCAGCGUAUCCUGACUUCUGAUCUCUUAUAUUAAAGAAAAAUACCCAUUUCAGAGAGAGUGCAAGACUGUGUGAAAGUAGAGAAUACCACACCUCAGCUUAAAAAAAGCUUCAAUAUUCUCUACUGAUCGCAUUUAGCUCUGGAGCACCUGAGUGAGUUGGUGAUCUGUGGGGUUUUUACUGAGCAGGUAAGUUUUCUGACUAAGUGUGCUUCCUAAGUUAAAGGUCUAGUGCCUAUGCCAAAUCUAUACUUGCAUAAAUAACCUGCCUAUCUACAAUUACAUAUAACAAGUUUUUAGCAGUUCCAUUGCCUCCAUUUCCUGUUGCAUUGAAAAUAGUUCCAAAUGAAAUUUUGGCCAGAGGGGCAAAAAUUUUAGUUUGGCAUCAGUGGAUGGCAUUUCUGCCAGUUCAGGUAUGUGAAUUAUGUAAUUAAUAUCUGCAUAAGAUAAUGUAAAAGCAAAACACACCAUGUGUGUUUUAGGGGCUUUACUUGAACUGGAGUUGUUUGGGGAAUAACUAGGACCUUUUAAAUGCCUACUGCAUUACACUUUUCAUCUAUCAAGACCUAUUUGCAGAGAAGAUCAAGUCUGGAGUUUCUCUGACUUCGUCUGAAAUUGUAGGCAUGAUCAAUUUGUUUAAGAAACCUUACAAGAAAAAGGCAGGCAAAUUCCAGCCUUUCAAGAAGCUCUUCAGCAAGAGGAAGAAAAGAGAGCCUGCCUCAGACUGUGAGGAACCCAAGCUGAAGCCCAGCCACUCCUUCAGCAAUAUCUGCAACGGCACCUUCUCCUCCGAUGAAGAGCCAAACAGUGGGCUGAGAUCCUCCCAUUAUUCUAUGGGCAGUCGAGCUUUUUCCCAUGACAGUAUUUUUAUACCUGAUGGGAGAACAGAGGGUGAACAGGCCAUCCAAGCAAUGUCACAGGAGAACGUUUUAGGAAAAGUCAAAACUCUUCAGCAACAGUUGGCCAAGAAUAUAAAAUUUGGGCAGCCUCCACAAAUGACAGUUUCUGCAAGGACAAUGGGGGAAGCAAACACUAGUAUAGAAGAGGAUGUGUUGCUCAGCAGCCCCAUGGAGAUUGAGACUCAGCAGGUCACAGUGAUCUCAGGCAGUGGUAAUAAACCCACUGACACACCAGAUUUCUUGAGAAUGCUAAAUUUGCCUGGAACAGGACAUGAAGUGGAAGAAAAGGUCACUCCAGUCAAAUCAGCUCGGCCAAAAAGACAAUUUUCCUGUUCUGGCACAAUUGAAACAAUCAAUUUGGAUUCAGUUCCCCAGGCUGUUGCUCGUCUAGACAACAGUGCAGCUAAGCACAAGCUGUCAGUGAAGCCAAAAAAGCAGAGGGUAUCAGGAAAGCACAAGAGACUAACAAAGGGAUCACAAAGUUUAACAAUAACAGAAUUUGAGCCAGAGGACUUGGAAACUCAGCUGUAUGAGGACAUAUAUCCAGGUUAUAAUGGACACUUCAUAGCAGACAAGCUAAUCCAAGGCAGAAAUGAGCAGAAGCAGCUUCAGCUUGCAGAGGAGAAAAGAAUUGAAGAUCACUGGGGGAUCCUUGAGGCUGAAAGGAUAAGACAGAUUGUAGAAAUGGAUGAACAAAGAGAAAUGGAAGAAAAAAGGUUCCAAGAACUUGAACAGAUGCGUAAAGAACAGGAGAAAAGGUGUUGUGAAGAAGAGAUGAGGCAGUAUCUCCUUAAGGGAGAGAUAUCUUUGGAAACAGAAGAGCAAACAUGCUAUAAAGAGGAGAGAAGAAUGACAGAGACUGAAAAGAGGCAAGAGCUGGAGAAGAUGAGGUGUCAGGAACUGGAGAAGCAAAGGCAGAAGGAGUUGGAGGAGCAACAAAGUCAAGAGCUGGAGGUGCAGAAGCUCAAGGAACAGGAGGAGCAACAGAGACAAGAGCUGGAGGAGCAAAAGCUCAGGGAACAGGAGGAACAACAGAGACAAGAGCUGGAAGUGCAAAAGCUCAAGGAACAGGAGGAGCAACAGAGACAAGAGCUGGAGGUGCAAAAGCUCAAGGAACAGGAGGAGCAACAGAGACGAGAGCUGGAGAUGCAGAAGCUCAAGGAACAGGAGGAGCAACAGAGACGAGAGCUGGAGGUGCAGAAGCUCAAGGAACAGGAGGAGCAACAGAGACGAGAGCUGGAGGUGCAGAAGCUCAAGGAACAAGAAGAGCAAAAGAGACAAGAGCUGGAGGACCAGAAGUGCAGGGAACAGGAGGAACAUCAGAGGCAAGAGCUAGAUGAACGGAAGCACUGGGAACAGGAGGAGCAGAGACAUAAGGAAUUGGAGGAGCAGAGGCAUCAGGAAUGGGAAGAGAAGUGCAAAGAGCUGGAGGAGAAACAGAGACAAGAGCUGAAGGAGCAGAAGAGGAUAGCGCUGGAAGAAUUAAGGCAACACGGGACUGAAAAAGAGUGUCAAGAGGAAGAAGAAAGAAAUUGGCUGGAGGAACCAAAAGUACUCAAGGAACAAAAUAAGGAAGAAAUACAGAGAGGAGACCUAGAAGAGAAAGAGCUUCAAGUCACUGAAAUAAAACUGAAGGAGAAAGAACCUGAGAGCCUCAAAGAAGAGAAGAAACAGGAGGAACAAAGGCAUUUGAAGGAGAAAGGAGAAAAGACAGAUAAGGAACAACCCCAGCAAGUAAUAGACAAGAAAAAGAAACGGGAAGAGCAGAGGAAACACAAGCUCAUAAAACAAAUGCACAUGGAAAGUUCAGAGGGUGUGCCACAAGAUGAACUGAAGCAGCAGAAGGAACAAAAUGGACAAGAAUGGAAUGAGCUGAAAGAGCAGAAGACAGACACAGAAGGACAAAAUCUUCAGCAAACCCAAGAAAUAUCCUUGGAACAGCCACAAGACAAGGAUCAGUUCUGUUCCAGAGGGGCUGAUAGGCAUCCAACAGAGGAGAAGCUCCAAGAAGGAUCAAGAGCCCAAAAUCUCAAACAGCCAGAAAAAGGGAAUAAAACAGCAGAAGAAAUGCUAGCCCAGAAACUGAAGAGAGAUGUUGAAGCUCAGGAGCAAAAGCGCAUAGGGGAAGAACUUCGGUGGCAAGAGGUAGAUGAAAGACAAACUGCAUCCAGACCCUUCACAUUUCAAGUGUCUUCUGGAGAUAAACAGAUCAUAUUUCAGAAAGUAAAUCUGAGUCCUGUCACACCCAUCAAAGGAACAGGACUCUCUUCUCCAUCUGUCAAAGACUGCAGGGUGCACACCAUCAGUAAGGGCUCUCACACCCUCCCAUCAUCUGCGUGUGUGCCCCACACAGCUAUUUUGGUUACUGGAGCCCAGCUGUGCGGCACAGCAGUUAACCUGAACCAGAUUAAGGACACGGCUUGCAAAUCAUUACUUGGCUUAACAGAAGAGAGGAAAAAUGUGGAAAUUCCUUCACCAGAGAAGUCCCAGAAAAAAAAACAGGAUCUCAAACCUAGCAGCAGUAAAAUUAAACACGCUCAAGAGACAUUGAACAACCAGGCCGUACUAGCUGAGUGGGCCUCUAUUCGCUCCAGAAUACUGAAGAAUGCAGAAAACAACAAAUAUAAUGAGAGAGACCGAGUAAGUGCCUGCAGGCACAGUGACGACUGGACACCCCGAGGACGGGGUGCUCCCCAUGGUAAUUUAAGGAAAACCCUUUCUGCAAAUGCAAAGUUCUCAAUAACACCAGCAUGGCAGAAAUUUUCAGAAGUUUCAAAAAUCAAUUCAGACCCUGAGAAUGUAAGUGUGGCAAAAGGCAAUGAAACAGUGGCUGUGGGGAGAAACACUGGCUCAUCUGCUGAUUUGAAGGAGGAUGUGGCUACCACUUUUAAGGAUAAUUUAGUUGAAAAGGCUAAGGAGAAAGUGGAAACCCAUAGUGAAGUGACAGACAAUACAGAAGGCUGUAAAUUUGCAAAAGAUCUUCCAUCUUUCCUUGUUCCAAGUUUUCCUCAUUCUCCAGGUAAAGAAUUACCUAAGCCAGAACUUCCCAGUGCUCUGGAAAAUCAGCAAAAUAACAGCACAAAAAAAGCAGAUAAACCAUCACCAAAUGGAGAAGAAAAUGUUUCUCCUUUUGGGAUAAAGUUACGAAGGACAAACUACUCUUUACGUUUCCAUUAUGAUCAACAAGCAGAGCAAAGGAAAAAGAAAAGAUACAGUGCAGGAGACAGUUUUGACGGUGUGCCUGACCCACUCACCUCAACAGAAGGUGAGAAAGAAUCCACUGUUUUUGCUCCACAAGAGAGUACUUCCCCCGACGUGGGGAGAGCAAAUGUCCCCGGUAAUUUAAAAGACUCUUCAAUUACUGUGACUGAGUUUUCACAGCCAGUGGGCACACCAGUGAUCCCACCAGCCACUGGCCAGAGUGCUUUACCUGCUCAGGAGAAACCAGCAUGCAAGUCAGUGGUCCCACAGAAACCUGCUAUAGCUCCGAAGCCCACCAGCCAAACCCCACCAUCAUCUCCUCUCUCUAAAAUGAACAGAUCAAACCUAUCUGAAAUGCUGGGGCAAAGGGUGGCUAAAGCUGAAUCAGAUGGUGGCUGGAGGAAAGAAGACAGAGCAAAUGCAGUGCAGCCCACACCAUCUGAUGAGUACAAAAACGAAGAGGAAGAAAUCAAAGAAAAGAAGUCAUUUUUCCCAUCUCUAAGUAUUCCAUGGAGAGAAAAAAAUGACAAAAAGCCUGAGCCAUUGAAGAAAGAAAAGCCUGUCCUCCAGAGCAGGCACUCUUUAGAUGGCUCUAAAUUGAUGGAAAAAGUGGAAACUUCACAACCGCUUUGGAUUACAUUGGCACUGCAAAAGCAAAAGGGAUUUCGUGAGCAGCAAGCCACAAGGGAAGAGAGGAGACAAGCCAGAGAGGCAAAGCAAGCAGAGAAGCUGGCUAAAGAAAAUGCUGCUGUAAGUAAUCAGUCAGAUAAUAAAAGUAGCAGCAGCAAAACGAGCACACUGCAGAAAUCUACAACUCAAGAAGGGGAGAAGAAAACUGAGACUGCUGUGUCAAGACUAGAAAGAAGGGAGCAGCUAAAAAAGUCAAACACCCUUCCAACUUCUGUGACAGUGGAAAUUUCGGAUUCUGUUCCAUCAACCCCACUGACAAAAGAGGUGGCCAAGAGAUUCUCUACGCCUGAUGCUAACCCUGUGUCAACAGAACCAGCCUGGCUUGCGUUAGCCAAGAGGAAAGCAAAAGCCUGGAGUGAUUGUCCACAGAUCAUAAAGUAAACUGUAAAACUACAUCUCUAUUGCUAUUAAUUGCUUUCUUUUAUUUAUUCUGCAUUUUACACAUGACAAAAUUGAAAAUGCAUGUAUGGAAGGACUGAAAAUUGAACUGAUUACCAUUUUGCUCUAGCUCACUGUUAAGCCUACUCAAGUCAUAUAUUCCAUUGCUUUGACAAAUAGCUAAAUGAGGUCAUGGCAAAAAUUUCACAGCCAGACUCUCAAAAACUUAAGAAUGCUCAGAUACUGGAUGUAAAUUUUAGUGAGUAUCAUAAUAAGGGCCAGAACUUCAGUUCAGAUGCUUCUUAAAUUCUGUGGGUACUCAGUUCUGGAAUUUUAGAUCUCUAUACUUUAAACGAGAUCUCAGAAUUUUUUUUCAGCAGUCUGUUGUUAAAAUUAAGGCAAGAUGCAUGUUCCCUUCUCUUAUUCAUAAUUUAAAAAAAAAUGUUAAACUGUAUGAACUGUCAGUUCUGCCUGCUAUUUGAAAGCUUUUUCCCUAAUGAAGAACUUCAGGAUAUACCGUUCCACAUGCAAAUAAUAAGCAGAAAGAUGGUACCAUCCAAAUGCUGAGGUAAUUUCUUCCAUUGUAGUAUUAAUAUACUACAUCUAUAUUCCCUCAUUCGUAGGAAAAAAACAAUUAAUCCUACUUUAAAAACCCCACAGUUAUUUAAGCAAAUAUCAUUAAGUUUUCAAAAAGAAGCCAAGAAGUCAGUGUUUCUUCUAGUCAUUUAAAUGCAUCACUGUUUGUGCUUGGCCAUAUUUAAGAUGCAUAGAGACAGUGAUUGCAGGUUACAACUUUAAAUCAAUUGAAUGACUGGAAUUAAACUGUUCUACACUGCAAAUGUAGCUAUGGAAUUUGUCUCAGUAAGUUCCCACAGGAGUAAGACUGGCAGAACUGAAGUUAACUGAGAAUGGAAAGCUAAGUCAGUGAGAGUCACAGGAGUUUUAACUCGGCAUUCUUCCCGAUUUUACUCCCAGUUUUACCUGCAACUUCAGGUAGUUCAGAUAACUUCCUGUACUUUGACCAAUACAGCCAGAUCACUUCAGAAAAGGUUACUUACCCCAUCUCAGGUAUCUGCUGUGGCAAUUGAAAACUUUAUUACUUCACCUAACUAAAAUAAAAAUGUUCACUCCCUCUCUCUUACAAAAAAGGAUAAAGUCCAAGAUGUAAUUAAAAUGUCCUUAUCCUCAACAUCCCAUAGAAAUAGCUAGGUCUGCAUUUUUGAAAGUCACGCUAUUAAAUAGUUCACUUGAGUUUGUUUUACAAGGAAGACUUUAAAAAAUCUGUAUGUCUCCUUAUAACCAUAAGGCUUAAAAGAACCUUUAAGCCUACAACAUCAUAAAAGGAGACAUUUUCAUAAAGUGAAGACAUAUCAUUAUAGAAUGAUGCCACAUAUGCUUCAUGGAAGUGUUUUAGCCAAACUGCUGUAUGCAGCAUAAGGAGUAGCACUUUAUGCAGAAAACAGAAUGAAACCUGCUGUAUCCUCCUGUUCUCAGAAUCAAACAGCAAGUCAUUGUCGAGUACAGCCUUUCCCACCAAACAGUGGCUCCCUAUCAUGGUUACAAUAGCACAAACACAGUGGAUGUGUUAGAUUGAGUAGAUAUGCAGCAGCAAGAUGGGCUUUCUUGGUCAAAAGCCAUCAGUUUUGCUCAGUUUCAUAUUUAAAACAGAAUCUCUAAAGUAACUUUAUACUGUUAAUAUAAGUAAUUAAUAUGUUUUAAACAGAAACAGGGCAAUGCUGCUCUCAAAUGCUUAGGGGAAAAAAAAACUUAAUGUCUUCAAUAUCUGAAGAAAGAAUUGGCCCCUUAAUUCUUCUUGCUCUGCUAGCACGAGGAAUUAGCGCAUCUUAAGUUAAAUUUAAGGUUUUUUUCCAAGUUUGUUUGCCUGCAGUACCUAUUUGUAAUUUAAACUGCCUGAAACCCAUCUUUACAAUUAUUUCUUGAGAGGGGGAGCCAGGUAGACAUACAGAGAAGGUGAAGUAAAUCAGGAUUAAAAAUACUGGUACUCUGAAAAGCAUAGCAAAGUUAGGUGCUAUUGUGCGUGACAUAAGGAUGCAAUUUUCCAAUACAAUCCAUUUACAGCACAUAGAAUAAGUUUUCAUUAAGGAUGGUCUUAAGCUGAAGCUUCAAACCAGAGGGUCUUUUCAACCAUAAAGGUAUCUAGUGUAACAAUGGAAACUGUUACGUGCAGUACUCGAUGGAAACAUUUCUAAAGUGUACACGUGCAACAGUGACAUUUCAUGUUAAAUUAACAAAAAUUUGCACUAAAUACCAACGAAGUGAAGUGUUACUUUGCUUUAGCUUUGUUGCAACCAUUUCUGAUAAAGUAUUGGAAAUCUGUAAAAAUAAACCCAGAACAUUACUACCCAGCUUAAAACAGCAAAAAUAUUUUAAGAACUGAACAAGCCACUAUGUAGUAUAUUGUCUCAAAUUUUUGUAACUUAUACAAACACAAAAUACCAUUUCUUCUGACAAGGUUAUAUAUGAUUAACCUCUAUGUUCAUAUAGUAAUGUAUAAAAACUAUAAGAUGUACAAUUGUGGGGUAUUCGUUGUGUACUUUUUUAAUUUUUCAAAUGUUUUAAAGUGCAAUUGUUUAUUAUACUAAUGUCAUUUUAAUUCUUAUUAAACUAUAACCCAGUCAAAAUUA